CCUGUGCCCGCCUGACGGCGCAUGGCCCCGGCGUCGCUCAGCAUGAACCCCGCUGGGCUCCAGACGUUCGGCGGGGGGCGCGCGGGGCCCGGCCCGCUGCCCUUCAGCGUCGAGUCGCUGCUGGAGGCGGAGCGCGGGCUGGACGCGGGGCCCACCGAGCCCCGGGAGGAGAGGCCACGGGGCACCGCGGAGCCCUGGGCCUGGUUCCCGCCGGCCGCCCGCUCGUCCUCCCCACGCGCCCCCAGCCCUCCGCCCUGCGCCCUCCGAAAGCACAGGACCAACCGCAAGCCGCGGACGCCCUUCACCACCGCGCAGCUGCUGGCGCUGGAGCGCAAGUUCCGCCAGAAGCAGUACCUGUCGGUGGCCGAGCGCGCCGAGUUCUCCAGCAGCCUGAGCCUCAGCGAGACGCAGGUCAAGAUCUGGUUCCAGAACCGCCGCGCCAAGGCCAAGCGGCUGCAGGAGGCCGAGCUGGAGAAGCUGAAGCUGGCGGCCAAGCCGCUGCUGCCCUCCUUCGCCCUGGGCGCGCCCCUGCCGGGCCCCCCGGCCGCGUACGCGGGCGCAGCGGGCUCCCCGCCGCAGGCGCCAGGACUCGUCGCCGCGCCCGUCGCUGCCUACCGCAUGUAUUACCUGUCCUAGGGCAACGGGGGGCUGCGACGUGGGUCCCAGCGCCAGCGCGCCGGCCGCGUCCGUCCGGGCGCGGAACUCGGCCCUGGGUGGCCUCCCGGAGGCCUUUGUGUCUCAUUUUUCCGUUUUUGUGUUUCCGCCGUCGUCGAUACACGUGAUGACCGAUGCCUCGAGCGCACUCGUGGGCACCUUACACACAUUUUAAAACGGGUGUUAAAAACCCCGUGCCUCCCACACUUCCGUGAAAAGCGGUGAAUGGUUUCGUGCAGCGCCCUCGGAGCUUCCCGUUUUGUGCAAACCGUGAGGCGUCGUGGGGUUUACUCCGUGGCGCGCUCCUGCGCCCCUAACCCGGCCAGCAGGGCGCUCAGAACUGGCUGCGAGACUGAGGCCCGAACCGCGGGGGAGACAGUUUGGAGCCAGGGCCUUUAGGUGAAACUCACCAGCUACGUCCCCGGAUGAGGUCUGGUGCCGUCCCGACCACAUGGAAACCCGCACGCCCACUUUAGGGACCCCCCACACUUACGGUUUUCGUAGGGCGCGCCCAGCAGCCUGCGGUGAACUACCGUCUGGGGGCGUGCGUGGGGUCCACGUGUGGGGGUGGGUGCGCGCGAGGGCCUCGGCCGGGGUGGGGGAGCCCGCGGGGCACGUCUGAGGAGGCGGGAUGAGCGGGACCCGCGCGGCCCACCCUGCUGCUUUCCCACCAGCAGGGUUAACUCGGGAAUCGGGCGCCGAGUGAGGAAGAGGACGGUCCCCCGUUUGGACGGACUGCGCGGCGUCCCCAAGACUCCGCUUCGCCUGGUGGUGGCGCGAAAACCCACAAGGCCCGCUUUCCGCUCG